GAUAUUUCUUAAUUUUUGAUUUUUGAAAUCAAAAAAACCACCUCCCCUCUUUGUCGAAAAACAAACGACUACGUCGUCUACGAGAUUUAUAUCUAUCAAUCGCAAUCCGCACACGCAACCAAUCAACCUUUUCUUACCGACUUUUUUUUGCUUUAAAUUGUUAUUAAUAUGGACCUUAUGGAAUAUCAUCUUGAUUGUCUAAAAAAGUUUUGAUUUUUCCAGCAAAAAAAAACAGCAAAGCAACGACAAAUCAACAAUGGAUAUGUUAAGCGAUGAAGGCGAUCUUUACAGUGAUGAUGAUGAAUCACAAUAUAUUCAAGGUGGAUCAAAUUUAGCUGGCGGUAGUGGUAGUGAUUCUGGUGGACGUAACAUUCCAAGCGCUGCUGAUCGACGUGCACAUCAUAAUGCACUGGAACGUAAACGACGUGAUCAUAUUAAAGAUUCAUUUAGUAGUCUAAGAGAUUCGGUACCAUCUUUACAUGGUGAAAAGGCAUCACGUGCACAAAUAUUGAAAAAAGCAGCCGAAUAUAUACAAUUUAUGAGAAAAAAGAAUACCAAUAUCGCUACGGAUAUUGAAGAGAUUAAAAAACAGAAUAAAAUGCUUGAAGAACAAAUUAAUAAAUUUGAAAAAAGAGGAUCAUUAACAUUAUCACCAACACCAUCAUCAGCAUCAGCAUCAUCAACACCAACACAAACAUUAAUGUCACCAAAUAAUUCAAAUAAUACAAAUUCAAAUUCAUUAUAUUCAACUGGCGUUCAAUCAUUAUUAAGUAUCAGUAGUAGUGGUAUUGGUGGUGGUAAUAAUCGUACAAUAUCCGAAUCAUCAUCAUCAAUAAAUGGUCAUCCAAUAUCACCAACAUUAAGUUAUGGUGAUGAUGAUGAUGAUGAUAAUGAUUUAUCUGAAAAUGAAAGUAAUGAAAGUAAUAUUACAAAUAAUAGUGAUUUAAAUUUAUCAAUGAAUGGUUUAAUCACUGGUAAUCAAAAACAUUCAUCAUUGGAUUCAUCAACUUCAUUAUUAUCAUCAUCAAUUAUUACACCAAAUGUGGUCACUAUUGCCAAUACAUCAUCAGCAGCAAAUAUUGUUCAUCAACGACAACAACAAAUUGGUAGACAAAUAACAACUACACCUACUAUACAACCAUUGACUACACAACAAGCUCAAUUAUUGAUUAAUGGAAAUAAUCAAUCGGCUACUACUGGUACGAUACGUUCAAUAGUAAAAAAUGGUUCAAAUACCAUUAUUGUACAAAAUCCUCAGAUUAAAUCAACAACAACAUCAUCAUCAUCGAAUGGUGGUCCACAUGUUAUACAUGUUUCAUCGAAUCAAAAUAAUACUGCUACAGCAACACCGAUUAUUAUUUCAACUACAUCUUUGGCCAAUUCUGGAUCCAGUGGUGGUGGUGGUUCAAUUAUUGGUAAUGGAACUUAUGCGGUGCUAAAUACUAAAAAUUCUUAUGGUAAUACUUCCGGUCAAACAUUAUCAUUGGCAUCAUCAACUACGGCGGCGGCUACUCAUCAAAAUGGUGGUGGUGGUGGUACUGCAUAUCGUACAGUUGUUGUACAACCUGCUAAUAUUGGCCAUACAUUGACAGCCACACAACAGCAACAAUCAUCAUUAAGUGGCGGUGGUACAACAACACCAAACAUUCAUAUUGUAUCAACAAUUCCAUCAACAUAUUCCGGUAAUAGAAUAGUUGGAGGAACAACAACUAAUUCAACUGGAACAACAAAACGUUUUAAGAUCUCAACAACAACAACAACAACGCCAUCAUCAUCAUCUGCUAAUUCAAUUAUUGAAAUUAAUAAUAAUAAUAAUAAAAACAAUACCUCAUCAUUAUCAAAUAAUGUUCAAUCUGGUAAUAGCAACAGUGGUGGUGGUGGUGGUAAUAUUACAUCUGUUUCAUCUUAAAGUUUUGAAGAAAACAAAAAUGGAAUAUCCAAGUAUCCAUCAUUGGUCUUGUAAAAAAUGAAAAGGAAAAAUUCAUAUUAUUAAAGUUUAUU